AUGAACACACUGCCACUCAUGCUACGCGGCGCGAGUAAGAUCGGUUGGUACGAGGGCAGCGGGUUCUUCGUUAUUAUGAGCAUCCUCAACUACAAGUGGUCGGUCACGGGUAUCUACGAUGUGUACGACAAGAGCAUCGCGGGUGUCCUGACGACCUUGUUGGCAGCAGCGGGCGCGGCUUACUGGAAGAGCAAUGAUAGACCUACGGCUAUCACGCUGGGUGUCGUUGCUAUCCUGCAAGGACUUGGUGUGAGGAACGCAUCGUACUCGCGCUUGACAUAG